AUGCAGGUGUUUGUCAAGACUCUUACUGGGAAGACGAUCACCCUUGAGGUGGAGUCUUCCGACACCAUCGACAAUGUCAAGUCCAAGAUCCAAGGUAUGUUUCACAAGAGCUGGUCUCAGUUGCACAUGGAGGCUUACGAUAUCUACCCACCAGACAAGGAAGGGAUUCCCCCCGACCAGCAACGCCUGAUCUUCGCCGGCAAGCAACUCGAAGACGGCCGCACUCUCUCCGACUACAACAUCCAGAAGGAAUCCACCCUCCACCUGGUCCUCCGUCUUCGUGGUGGCGCCAAGAAGCGCAAGAAGAAGGUCUACACCACCCCGAAGAAGAUCAAGCACAAGCGCAAGAAGACCAAGUUGGCUGUCCUCAAAUACUACAAGGUCGAUGGCGAUGGGAAGAUUGAGCGGUUGAGGCGCGAGUGCCCAACCAAGGAGUGCGGUGCUGGUGUUUUCAUGGCUGCGAUGCACAACAGACAAUACUGCGGUCGCUGCCACUUGACCUACGUCUUUGACGAGUCCAAGUAA